AUGUCAACAGGAGGUAGACAGGUUCUACUUGGUGUACCAGAAACAACAAUGAGCAAGUCACCCUCGCAAAUCCGCUCCCUCAUCAACAUCCCUUAUUUCGUUGGGAAGUCAGCAAAGAGCUGUAUUUACAUGAUUGUGAUGUGA